AUGUGGUGGCAGCUGUGGCUGGAGGCGUGUCCACAGGGCUCCUCCUCCUUUUCCUGCUCGCAGUCUCCGCCUACCUGCUCUGGAGCCGACCGCACGAGAGACUACAGGAGGAGGAGGAGGAAGAGGAGCAGGAGGAAGAGCAGGGCUCCACACAGCAUCACGCACCCUGGAGCUCACGGACAGCCGGGAGUAGGGUCCGUGCCGCUGGGCAUCCUGAGGCCAGACCUGUACCACGUGCCUGAGGAGCCCAGUGAGUGGGCGCCCCCUGCAGGCGGCGCGGUGCGCCUGUGGUUUGCGCUGGAGUACCAGCAGGAGCGGGAGCAGCUGGUGGUCUCGCUGCUGCGCGCCGCCAACCUGCCCGCCCGUUGCCACGGCAACGCCACGCUGGUGAGGCUGCAGCUGCUGCCCGACGACCGCCGCCACCGGCAGGCCAAGGCCAAGCGCAAAGGUCGCGACCCCAAAUUCAACGACAGCUUCAUUUUCCAGGUGUCCCUUGGCUGUGUGGAUGAGUGUACUCUGAGCCUGUCGGUGCUGAGUGUGGACCGUCUGAAGAAGCAUCAGCUGGUCGGCCGGGUCCUGGUGCCUCUGAGGUGGGCGGAGCUAAGGGAGGCGGCUGGGAAAGUCAUUUGGAGGGACCUGGAGACCGAGAACGAACAGCCCUACUCGGAGCACGGAGACGUCCAGGUGUCUCUGAACUACAAUGCACAGCUACAGCGCCUCACAGUGGUUGUUCUGAGGGCUCGCGGGCUGCCCAUGCAAGCCGACGCAGGUGUGUGUGUACAGGUGAGUCUUCAGCUGCACAUGCAGGUGGUCCGCACGAAGAAGACAGCGUUGGCCAGAGGAAGUGAGCCCACCUUCAACGAGAAGCUCACCUUUAAGCUCCUCCCUCCUCAGCUGGACGAGGCCUCCCUCAGCCUGCAGGUCCAGAGGGCGAGUGCCAUUGGGCCAGUUUCACUGGGAAUGGUCGUCAUCGGGCCUAUCAUGUACGCCAGGGGGCGAGAACUGGAGCACUGGAACGACAUGGUCAGCAAACCUCAGGAGCUGGUUAAGCAGUGGCACGGCCUGGGUACGGGCAAGACAACGCAAACCUCAAGCUGA